UUGCUGUCUGCCGGGGGAGGAGCUGGAGACCAGGAGCCGCGGCUCGGGCGCUCGGUCUGGCGGUCGGAGGUCCGAGAGCUCUGCACCUCGCGAAAGCAAGCGUGCGGGUGUCAGGACUGGUUUCAGGCCAUCCACGAGCCAGCAGGAAAGGAUUUCCGGCCAGAGAAAGACGACAUCCGAAGUCCCAAUGCACAGAUCAGCCCCCAGUCAAACCACCAAGAGGAGCCGGUCGCCAUUUUCCAUCCCUCGUCGUAGUUGGGAAGACAGUGAGAGCCCUGGAGCCGGCCUGAAUGUUGAUAAUGAGGACUACUCCAGGUACCCACCAAGAGAGUACAGGGCCUCGGGUGGCAGAAGAGGAAUGGCUUACGGACAUGUUGACUCUUUUGGGGCAGAUGAUAGCGAGGAGGAGGGGGCUGGGCCUGUUGAGCGAGCGCCAGUGAGAGGGAAAACUGGCAAGUUUAAAGAUGAUAAGCCGUAUGACCCAGAGAAAGGGGCCAGGUCUUUGGCUGGGGUGCCCCCGCAGUUCUCUAGCUUUAAGCGUGAUGUGAGAGAGGAGCUUGACAAGUUAGACCCGGCCCCUGCAGCAAGACGCUCUGCUAGCAGAGCCGAGUUCCUGCAGCAGAAUAGCAUGGCCUCUCAGACAUCUGCUGAAGGCAAGGUGGCUACCGCUGGCGACAGCCUGGAGAGGCAGAGACGGGGCCAGAAUAUACCUGCCCGUCCCAGCAGGGCUCCUGUGAGUAUUUGUGGUGGUGGGGAAAACACCCCAAAGAGUGCAGAGGAGCCGGUGGUGAGGCCCAAAAUCAGAAAUGUGGCAAGCCCCAACUGCGUGAAACCAAAAAUAUUUUUUGAUACUGAUGAUGAUGAUGAUAUGCCACAUAGUACUUCCAGGUGGAGGGAUACUACCAGCACUGCGGAAGGCCGCUCGGAUGGCCUAGCAAGAAGAGCCAGAGGCGAGAGUUCAAGUGGCUACUCGGAGCCGAAGUACCCUGAAGACAAGCGGGAGGCCAGGAAGGACCAAGUGAAGCCGGAGAAGGUGCCAAGACGCCGACGGACCAUGGCCGACCCUGACUUCUGGACGUACAGCGACGACUACUACAAAUACUGUGAUGAAGACUCGGACAGCGACAAAGAGUGGGCCGCUGCUCUGCGUCGCAAGUACCGCGCUCGAGAGCAAAACCUGUCGUCCAGUGGGGAAAGCUGGGAGACCCUGCCGGGGAAAGAAGAGCACGAACCCGAGCAAGUGAGAGUGAGUGGCGGAGCGGGCGCCAGCCCCAGCGCGGGGGCCAGUGGGGGCGGCGGCGGCGGCGGCGGCGGCGGCGGCGGCGAACUUGAAGAAAUCCAAGGAGCAUCUCUUCGGGAAGAGGAGCAGGCAUCCCCGAGAGAAGGCGAAGUUCCUUGGCUCCAGUACAAUGAAAACGAGAGUAGCAGCGAGGGGGAUAAUGAAUCGGGCCAGGAGUUUCCGCAGCCCGGGGUGUUCAUGCUGGAUGGAAACAACAACCUUGAAGACGACUCCAGUGUGAGCGAAGACCUCGAAGUGGAUUGGAGCCUCUUUGACGGGUUCGCAGACGGCUUGGGGGUGGCCGAAGCCAUCUCCUACGUGGAUCCUCAGUUUCUCACCUACAUGGCGCUUGAAGAACGCCUGGCCCAAGCGAUGGAAACCGCCCUGGCGCACCUGGAGUCUCUCGCCGUGGAUGUGGAGGUGGCCAACCCGCCGGCGAGCAAGGAGAGCAUCGACACUCUCCCCGAAAUCCUGGUCACCGAAGAUCACAGCGCAGUGGGGCAGGAAAUGUGUUGCCCCAUCUGUUGUAGUGAAUAUGUGAAGGGGGAGGUGGCAACCGAGUUGCCUUGCCACCACUAUUUCCACAAGCCGUGCGUGUCCAUCUGGCUUCAGAAGUCAGGCACUUGCCCCGUGUGCCGCUGCAUGUUCCCUCCCCCACUCUAAGUCCACGGCUCUUUGCUCCUGGUCAGAUGAUUUUCCCCAUCUGAAACCCACAAUACUGCAGGAGCCCUCUCAAAAUUAACAAUUGAAAGAAACCAGUGAUUAACCUACACCUGUUGAUUCCUUGUGAUUACUUCCAAUGUGAAAACGGUUGUGUGCGAUUGCAUUAAAAAUCACAUUGUCUCUCUUAGAGGUUAGAAAAAAGGAAGACUAAACUUUCUAAGCGCUACUUGAGAUUGCAGUAAAAACAUACAGUUUCUAACCUGAAAGUUGAAAUAAGUUGCAUUUGUUUUCUUCGGUAGACUAUGUUGCUGUUAACUGUAACGUCAAGUUUAUCUGUUAACUAUGUCCGGAAGGCAUCAUCAUUUCUGUUGCAUGUUAUGGGUUAAUGUUCCUGUAAUUGCAGUGCCGUAAAAGCUUAUUAAAGUUCUUCUUUUGGUUUUACAUGGUAUAGUGGAAUUGUUUGGUUUUGUC